UACCAUGUGAGCCACCCCAUUUGAACUUCUAGUUAGUCAGGGGAUGUGCAAGAAUCGAGCAUGUGGAUUUUGAGGUUAGUUUCUCAGUGAUAAACAAGUCCGUGAAACUCGAAGCAUUUGUGCUUUUUAUUGUUAAUUAGUAAGUGCAAAGUAUGAGGAAAAUAAAACAAAAAGGCUCCUCUUCGUGGAAGCCUUUAACCCUGGAGGGUACGAUACUUUCAUCAGGUGUCGAGGGAUUAAUUGGUAUUGAGGAACUAGCCGACUACAGUCUCGAGAAUAAAUCAGAGAAAUCAUCGAAACGAAAGAUAUCCCAGGAUUCUUCCGAAGAAUCUGAUCUAGAAGACAUCCCAGUCCGGUGCGAAAAAAAAUCGCCCGAUGUGAAGAAGAAGAAAAAAAAGGGAAAAACUGCUGUUCAAAAAUCCUCAGCAGCUCUCCCAGAAGAAAAUCCCCUCGCCAGUGAACCCGACGAUUCAGCCUUCAGUGCAGAAGCCUGGACGGCCCUAGGUGUUCCCGCGGUGAUCGUGAAGGCCCUGAAGGACCUGAGAUUCUCUACCCCCACGUCGAUCCAAGCCCUGACCCUCCCCCCAGCCAUUCUAGGUCGAAGAGACAUCCUGGGAGCUGCAGAGACAGGGAGUGGGAAGACCCUAGCCUUCGGCAUUCCCAUCCUAACCGGAAUUUUGGACCUGAAGGCUAGAGAUUCCGAGGUCAAUGGACCGCUCGACGCUUCAGAAAAAACCGCCGGUUGUGGAGCAACGAACAGUGGCUGGAUAGUCUCAUCAGAGGCUAAUGACAAUUCCGUAGAAAAAAAAUCAGAUGACUCCGAGGAAGAGUUGGAAACUCCCCGUGAGGAGGGUAUGGGUUGCGUCCGAGUAAUCGAGAACAUCGACUUGAACGACCUGUCGGCUCCUUCCCACCUCCCCAGGCCUCUCUACGCCCUCAUCCUGACACCCACCCGAGAACUGGCAAUUCAGAUAAAGAAUCACAUCAGCAGAGCAGCGAAGUACACUGACAUUAAAGUAGCAGUGGUUGUGGGCGGAAUGGCGGCAGUAAAACAAGAGAGAAUUCUCAGCAAGGGUCCGGAGAUUGUUAUAGCCACUCCAGGGCGUUUGUGGGAGCUGAUAGACCAGGGAAAUCCUCAUUUGAGCCGACUGGAUUCCCUCAAGUACCUGGCCAUUGACGAGACAGAUCGAAUGUUGGAGAAGGGGCAUUUCCAAGAGCUCCAUCAGAUUCUGGAGCGAAUCAAUGGCAACGAAAUAACCAUUGGAGAACGUCAGAACUUCGUUUUUUCGGCUACCCUAACCCUGGUUCACGAUGUUCCCGAUUACCUCCAGAGGAAGAAGAAGACCAACAACAGGAGCAAGAUUUUCAAGCUGACCCCUGGUCAGAAGCUCCAGAAGAUCGUGUCCCUUCUGAGGAUUAAAAAUCCCAAGACUGUUGAUGUCACGAAGGCCAGAGGCACUGCUGGGACAUUGACUGAAUGUAGAAUCACUUGUACAAUGGAUCAUAAAGAUUAUUAUCUGUAUUACUUCCUGAAGAGGCAUCAGGGCAGGACUUUGGUGUUUUGCAAUAGCAUUGGCUGCGUCAAGAGGCUGGCAACGCUGUUUGGUAUUCUAGAGUGUAAUCCACUGCCUCUGCAUGCCAGUAUGCAGCAGAGACAGCGACUGAAGAAUUUGGAAAAAUUCCAGGAAGAUCCCAAUUGUCUUUUAAUAGCUACUGAUGUGGCUGCCAGGGGUCUGGACAUUCCCAACGUCGAGCAUGUUAUUCAUUAUCAGGUCCCCAGGACAUCGGAGGGUUAUGUUCACAGGAGUGGGAGAACUGCUCGUGCACAGAAGGAGGGAAUUACUGUCUUGAUGAUGGAACCUUCUGAAUUACCUUAUUAUACGAAACUCUGCAAGACCCUUGGACAUACCAAGGACAUACCGACGUUUCCAGUGGUGGAUCGGCUUCUGGUGGCGGUGAAGGAGAGGGUCAAUGUCGCCAGGGAGAUUGACAAGCUGGAGCUCAGGUGCAGGAGAGAUAAUGUGCAGAAGGGAUGGUUGAAGAAGGCGGUGGAGGAGAUGGACCUUGUGUUGGAUGAGGAGCAGAUAGAGAGUACUAUGGAAUCCAGGGAGUCGGCUGAGCUCAGGAGACAGCUUAAGGGGAAGAGGCAGAAGCUCAAUGGCUUGCUUUCCACACCUCUGUUCCCCAAGGGAUUUUCCGGGAAGUAUUUGGACAUGAAUGAACCUCUACAGGGACUUCAGCAGGACAAGCAGACGGCGGUGGAAGUGAUGAAGCAGGUCAUUGAUGAAAAACCCAGGGGGAAAGAGCAAAAACCCAAUGGAGUCGCGAAAAAAAGCAAGAGUAUCAGGAAACGCAAAGUGAAACGGGUGACAAAAUCUUUGAACUAAUGGAGAACGUUGUGAAUAUGGUAGAUUAAAUAAAAAGACAGUUUAUUA